CCAACUAAUCAUCUGCUUUAAGAUGAGUUAUUCAUGAUGAACGUGCUAGUCAGCCCAAAGCUUCAAAGCUGUUAAGCUGGACACCAACUCCUUAGUAAAGCUAUACCAACUCCAGCUUUUUUGUUCCUCACUUUCCUUCAUUGUGUACAAAGUCUCCUCUAUAAAUACCUCCAACACAACCUAUCAAUUAUCAAAGCAAAGUCUUCCAAAUUUUUUCCCACCUUCACAAUCUCAAGUCUUCUUCUCUAGUGGUCUGACUAGCCUUGAAGUGAGGGUCUAGAAUUAAUUAACAGAACACUAUGGCCAAGUCUUUGCUCUUCUUUCUAGCUCUUUCUCUCCUUGCCUUUGCUCCACUUGGUUUCUGUCACAACAAUUACAAUUAUGGUGGCUAUCUCUACCCACAGUUCUAUGACCACUCUUGUCCCAAAGCUCAACAGAUUGUGCAGUCCAUUGUUGCUAAGGCUGUUGCAAGAGAAGCAAGAAUGGCGGCUUCUUUGCUUAGGCUGCACUUCCAUGACUGCUUUGUAAAGGGUUGUGAUGGAUCAAUCCUUUUGGACAGUAGCAAGAACAUAAUCACCGAGAAGAGGUCUAACCCGAAUCUGAAUUCAAUCCGAGGGUUUGAAGUAAUUGAUGAGAUCAAAUCUGCGAUAGAGAAGGAGUGUCCCAGCACUGUGUCUUGUGCUGACAUUGUGGCUCUAGCUGCUAGAGACUCCACUGUUUUAGCUGGAGGACCACACUGGGAAGUCCCACUAGGAAGAAGAGACUCUAGAGUCGCGAGUUUAAGCGGCUCCAACAAUGAAAUCCCUGCUCCAAACAACACAUUCCAAACCAUUCUCACCAAGUUCAAGAGGCAAAAGCUUAACAUUGUUGAUCUUGUUGCACUAUCUGGAAGUCACACUAUUGGAAAUGCCAGGUGCACCACUUUUAGACAGAGACUUUACAACCAAACAGGAAGAGGGCUUGCUGACUUCACUCUUGACCAGUCAUAUGCUGCCAGUUUGAGGAACAAUUGCCCAAGAUCUGGUGGAGACCAAAACCUGUUCUUCCUGGACUUUGUGAGCCCAACAAAGUUUGACAACAGCUACUUCAAGAACUUAUUGGCUAACAAGGGCCUGCUUAACUCUGACCAAGUUCUUGUUACAAAGAGUGAAGUAGCCAAGCAAUUGGUUCAGCAAUAUGCAGUGAACAACCAGCUUUUCCUUGACCAAUUUGCCAAGUCCAUGAUUAAGAUGGGGAAUCUUUCACCAAUUACAGGUUCAAGGGGAGAGAUCAGAAAGAAUUGCAGGAAGGUCAACUACUCUUGAUUAGACUGUGAUUUCUGGGUCACUAGAAGUUGACAUGUAGUACAUGAUGAUCAUCAUGGGGUGUUCUAUUACCUUCUCUAUGUUUUUGAAGUUCUUGUUUAUAGUGUUUAGCUUUUAUAUCA